AGUUGAUGAGGUUCUCAGUUGUUGAUUUAUGCGUACCUUAAUUAACUUUUCGUUAAAAUUACAAUCGCAAUUUCUGAAGCGAUUUUUUUUCCCAGGUUAUGAAUUUGCUUAUAAGCUCCUUGGUAUCAAAGACGCCAUUGACCGAAACUCUACUGAAUCAUAAACCUGUGGCCGAACUGAACCAUGACAACAAUUAUCAAGUUGUACACAUUGAUCCGCAAACAGAAGGAGAGACGGUGCUGUUGGAAGAAGACAACAUUUCUAUUAAGCUUAUAAUUAGCAAAUCUAAGAACAUUGUUUGCUACGCAGAAGCCGGGGAGGAUUUUGUUAAUUUACUCUUCAGUUUUCUAACUCUGCCACUUGGGUUUGUAACAAAGCAGAUAAAGGAUGGGUCUCUGAAGGGAUGCAUUGAUCAGUUGUACCGGAGUGUCCAAGAUCUCGAUGCACAAUACUUGAAGUCAAAUCAUCACAAGGAAAUGCUACUCAAUCCGAAGCUUGUUCCUGGUUUUUGCUACAACAGUCUUUUAGGAAUUGAGGAAGCCUCAUAUUAUUAUCUUGGCAGUGGGCUAACUACUGAUAGUUCCCUUAUCCAUUCUAAUAGGUCAUCGGAGUCAUUUAAAAUCGAACCCACAGAUCACAACUCCAGUGCUCAAGGAUUUUUAAAAGGACCGGCGAUUUUCACAGUAACUGACAAUCUGGUCAUAAGACCGAUAUCUACAAUCUUUGAGCUGUCUGUUCUUGACGAAUUGAAUGUACCUUUCACUGACAUUGAAGAAAGAGUUGUGCUUAUGGGCAAGAAGUUGGCUCCGAGUCUUUUGGUAGCUUCUUUUGCUUCUGACUCUGCCCUAACGAAUGCCUUCAUUAGCGAGCCAUAUCAAGAAUAACCAGAGCUUGGUUACAUUUGAUGAAGAGGAUACGAUGAUUUUGUUUCAAAACAGGACCGUAAUGUUUUCAUGAUUAUGCAGACUUGAGAUUGGUGUUUGCGUGUGUGUGUGCAAGUUCGAAUGUACUAGUUUCAUCUUAAUACCAUCAGUUGGUAUUUAAUCCACGUGUUAUAACAUGAAGUGAACACUAAUUUUAUACUUUGGAAAAUAGUAUUUAAUCCAGGUAGUGGUUUCGGUGUUUAGGUCAUACCCAAAUUUUUUUCCACGUGGGGAGCGUGCAGAUACUAGUUCUUGUCCAUUUAGAUUGUUGGUAAUGCUGAUGCUCGUCACUUUCAAACUGAAGCAUGUAGAGAGAUGUUGCUACAUCCCUGCAAUGGGGCCGAGUCUCAUUGCAAGAAUCUCAAGGUGAUUUAAGUGCUCAAGGAUCUUUAAAUGGACCGAUGAUUUUCAACAUAACUGAUGGUCUUAUCGUAAGGCCUAUAUCUCCUUUCUUUGGAAUUUCUGUUUUGAACGAAAUGAAGGUGCAAAAUUAUAAGG